CGUGUUCGGUUAUCAUCAGAAGCGGUACGCUUCUCUCAUCUGCGCACGGCGUCGUUUCAUCGAAUCCCUCCCACCUCUUCAAUUCCUCAAUUCAGCUAGUACUGCACUUGAAAUUCGUGAAGAAAUCAUCAAAAUUUCUUGUUGGCUUCGAAUUCGAUUACAGCGAUUCGCGUAAAACAAUUGAGUAGAUGUCGAGGUUUCGUGGAUUAUGGCAAGCUUCGGUUAAUGCAACUAAAAGAGCUCUUUUGUGGAAGCCUGAAGACUUGCUUCCUCCAAGCGAACGGUAUAUUUUUAAGUUUGACACGAAAGAGGAGCUGAAGCGAUGGCAUUUGUAUACAGAUUCUAUGGCGAGUGGCGCCGGCCUCGGACAAGAAUCUGAUGAAUCUUCUGGGAGAGAGCAGAUUGGGGUCGUGGUUUCUCCUUUAAAGUGGCGCAAUUUCGAAACAUGGAAGACAGGAUGUGUAUUCUCUGGAAACCUUUCUUUGGAUGUCGUUGAAGGUACUAAAUGGAAUAUAACUAGAAGUGGAUUCUGCGGAAUGAGAUCUAAGAAGUUUGAUGGCUUCAUUGAUCUGGAUGGGUACGACACAUUUGCUCUGAAACUUAAAGGAGAUGGGCGAUGCUAUAUAUCUACUGUGAGUAAUGUGACCCUGUUAUGAACCUUGGAAACAUCA